AUGCCAAUGGAAGAAGAAGAGGAAGAAGAAAUUUCUGAAGAUAAAAAUCCCGGAGAUAAAGAUUUCAUGCCAGAUGGAAAAACGAAAGACCAUGAAAUAUUUAGCAAAAGACCUACAAUGGGGUGCGCGACUUCUGGGACACCCUGUAUAACAUUAUGGCUGAGAUUGUGGAUUGGGUUAGGAGCAAAACCUCCCCUUGAAGCUGUCUCCGAUGGUAAUCGAGCUCAACUGAACGCUAUGUCACUUGCAUUCAACGAGAUGUCUCUCAAGCAAUAUAUAAAUGUAUGUUUUGAAAAAAUUAGAAACCCUGACAAAGAAACAAAUGUUAGAACCUUUAUUAGAUUGGAUACAGCUCAUUUUGUACAUGCAUUUACCGGUUGGAACUGUUUUAAAAGUGUUCUACAUCCUUCAAUUAAAAGGUUUUAUACUUAUUGUUUUUGUCUAUUAAUUGAUUGUAAAGAUUUAGACAAAUUUGAGCGAAUAUUAUUAUUAAUACUAAUCGUUUGUAAUACAUCCUAUGAAGACAGUAUUAUUAAUGUUAAUGGUGGAAAAAUAACUCCUAUAGACGCUAGAAAUGAAUUAGAAAAUCUAAUUUCAACUCGAAAUAUUGAAGAAUUCUUUUUAAACGUCAGCGAACAAAUAGAAAAAUUUGAUUUGGAAGAAAAACCAUUUACAAAUAAUCCUUCAGAUUCAAAUAAAGAAGACUCACCAUCUAUUUCGUCAUGGGCAGGAGGAAUUAUAAAAGCAGCAAAUAAUCAAAUUGUUGAGGGUAAAAAGAUUCAAAGUUUUUACUUAUCUUCAUUAGUAAAACCAAUCAUUGAUGUGGUCGUGGAAUUUCCAUUAUGGACUAAUAUUUGUAUUCCUUACACCGACUUAAGAGCUAUUUCUAGAUUUAUGAUUUCUUUAAAACAUCAAGAACCGUUACCAACAGAUGCUUAUACAUUUUUGAAGCUUCAUCUUGAUUAUCUAAUUGGAGGAGUAAAUUUGUUCAAAUUAAAGGUGACGAAAUUUGUCACUACAAAUUUUAAUAAUCGUACAACAAAGAAAUCUAAUCUUUUAAAUUGUCAGCUAAGUGAAAUAAAUGAAACUGAUGAAAAUAAUAUUGGUGAUGUUGUUAAAAAUACAGAAGAAAAUAAUGAACCAUUUGGUGACAGAAGUGAAACUACCCUCAAUGCUGAUGAAGCUCCUUUUCAUUCUAAUGAAAAUUCUGGUGAAAGUUGUACUAAUAAUAAUUAUAAAAACAUAAACAUAGAAGACCCUGACAUUUUAAACUAUAAUUUAAGUAAAAUAACUGAAGAAAAAAAUCAAAAAGAACGUUACGAAAAUUGGAUGGGUAAAGGAAAAGAUGAUAAUUUUGACAAGUUUGGUUGGAUGAAUUUGGAAACUAUUGAGGGGGAAGAAAAUAUGCUGAACUCAUCAGAUUCGGAGCAAAUUAAUGAUAAAUAUUUGUACGAUGAAAAAGUUCAAGACAAUGUUAAAGAAAAAGAUACUAUUAACAAAAUUACAGUAUCUGAUGACUAUACUAAAAAUAUUGACAUUGAUGACUCAAGAACUUAUGCUAUCGAUGAUGAUAAUGAUACGUUGGAUAAUGAAGUCCUAAAAAACGUGAAAGUCGAAAAAGUUGGUGAUCAUAAUUAUUCUUUCACAACAAGUACUCCAUUAAGUAGUGUGAAACAAAAAAGAACUUUAGUUGAAGCUAUCGAGGAAGUAAGUCGGAAAAAAAGGAACUGUGGUGAAUAUUUCCAAGAUAAUCCAGGUAUUAAUGUUCAUAAUAAUUUUGUUGUAUCUGACAAAAAAGUAAUUAAAAAAAACAUAAAAUACGUACUACAGAAUGGUUUCAGAUGUAAAGCUAUAAAAUGUAAUGUUGUAACUAUUUCACGCACGAUAUUUUGUCAAGACAAUGUUAAUUUACUGUGGAUUAGACUUUUUGCUAAUGAACCAAGUCUUAUUGAGAAAAAUGUUUGUCCUUCAUCUGGAUGUAAAAAUAACAACACUAGAAAUGUACCAAUCUUUCCAAUAAACCACCAACUACUUACUGAACGUGGCUUCAGUACAUUAGACAAAGCGCUAGAUUUCCAUAGUGUUAUCUAUAACAUGUAUUGUAAUUAUUGUCAAGGGAACAAAAGAAUACGACGUCAAUUCCCAAAUCAUUAUAUUUAUAUCGAGUUAGAUAUUAAAACAGAAGGUCGAGAGUGCAAAUUACGUGACCUGCCCGAAUAUUUAAACUUAUCGGUGACUAAUGAAGACGAUAGUGCUCGCAAUCUUCGUUACCGAUUAUGCGGAGUAGCAGGAUAUUCUCCUGGUCAUUACGUCGCUUUUUGUCGAAGAAUAUCUGGAGCUUGGGUAUGUUAUAGUGAUCUCACUGAGAAGCUAGAAUCUAAACCAAAUAGUUCAAAGGUAUUGCCUCAUGGAGUUCUGUACUAUGUUUUUCAAUACUAUAAUUUUAUUUAG